GCAGCUCCAGUCUCCUGUCGGAUGCCAGUUGCGGACUACCUCGGCGCUGAAGUUUGGAGCGGAUCAUCUGAAGCGAGCUCGAGCGGCGCCUGCUGAUGUGGACGUGGCUGUGCUGAGGCGUCAGAGGUGAAAGGUCAUGAUGACGACGGUGGCGGCCGAGUUCGACCACAUGGAGCUGCAGCAGCAGUACAGCAGCAGCGACACGGUCAACAACCGCUGGGACGACGACUGGGACAACGAGAACAGCUCCGCCCGCCUGUUCGAGCGCUCCCGCAUCAAGGCGCUGGCAGAUGAGCGCGAGGCCGUGCAGAAGAAGACCUUCACUAAGUGGGUGAACUCUCACCUGUCCAGAGUGUCAUGUCGCAUCACAGACCUGUACAUGGACCUGCGGGACGGGCGCAUGCUCAUCAAGCUGCUGGAGGUCCUGUCCGGAGAGAGGCUGCCCAAACCCACCAAGGGCCGCAUGCGUAUCCACUGCCUGGAGAACGUGGACAAAGCCCUGCAGUUCCUGAAGGAGCAGCGGGUUCACCUGGAGAACAUGGGCUCCCACGACAUCGUCGACGGCAACCACCGCCUCACGCUGGGCCUCAUCUGGACCAUCAUCCUCCGCUUCCAGAUCCAGGACAUCAGUGUGGAGACAGAGGACAACAAGGAGAAGAGGUCGGCUAAGGACGCUCUGCUGCUCUGGUGCCAGAUGAAGACGGCGGGAUAUCCCAAUGUGAACAUCCACAACUUCACCACUAGUUGGCGUGACGGCAUGGCCUUCAACGCUCUCAUCCACAAACACAGACCGGAUCUGAUUGACUUUGACAAGCUGAAGAAGUCCAAUGCCCACUACAACCUGCAGAACGCCUUCAACAUGGCAGAGGAACAUCUGGGCCUCACCAAGCUGCUUGACCCAGAGGAUAUCAGCGUGGACCAUCCAGAUGAGAAGUCAGUCAUCACCUACGUGGUGACCUACUACCACUACUUCUCUAAGAUGAAGGCUCUGAAGGUGGAGGGCAAACGUAUCGGCAAGGUGCUGGACAACGCCAUAGAGACAGAGAAGAUGAUCGAGAAGUAUGAGUCCCUGGCCUCAGACCUGCUGGAGUGGAUCGAACAGACCAUCAUCAUCCUCAACAACCGCAAGUUCGCCAACUCGCUGAUUGGAGUUCAGCAGCAGCUCCAGGCCUUCAACACGUACCGCACCGUGGAGAAACCACCCAAGUUCACAGAGAAGGGAAACCUGGAGGUUCUUCUCUUCACCAUCCAGAGCAAAAUGAGAGCCAACAACCAGAAGGUCUACAUGCCCAGAGAGGGCAAACUCAUCUCAGAUAUCAACAAGGCCUGGGAGCGGCUGGAGAAGGCGGAGCACGAGCGGGAGCUGGCUCUGAGGACGGAGCUGAUUCGUCAGGAGAAACUGGAACAACUCGCCAGGCGCUUCGACCGCAAGGCCGCCAUGAGAGAAACGUGGCUGAGCGAGAACCAGAGGCUGGUGUCGCAGGACAACUUUGGUUUUGACCUUCAGGCCGUGGAAGCGGCCACCAAGAAGCACGAGGCGAUCGAGACGGACAUCGCAGCAUACGAAGAGCGCGUCCAGGCUGUGGUUGCCGUGGCGAGGGAACUGGAGAUGGAGAAUUACCAUGACAUCAAACGCAUCACAGCCAGGAAGGACAAUGUCCUCCGGCUGUGGGAGUACCUGCUAGAGCUGCUGAAGGCCCGCAGGCAGAGGCUGGAGAUGAACCUGGGCCUGCAGAGGGUCUUCCAGGAGAUGCUCUACAUCAUGGACUGGAUGGACGAGAUGAAGAUGCUGCUGCUGUCUCAGGACUAUGGGAAGCAUCUGCUGGGGGUGGAGGAUCUGCUGCAGAAACACGCGCUGGUGGAGGCCGACAUCGCCAUCCAGGCCGACAGGGUGAAGGGAGUCAACGCCAACGCCAACAAGUUCUCUGUCAACGGCGAUGGCUACAAGCCGUGUGACCCGCAGGUCAUCCAGGACCGGGUCGCUCACAUGGAGUUCUGCUACCAGGAGCUGACUCAGCUGGCUGCUGAGCGUCGCGCCCGCCUGGAGGAGUCCCGCCGCCUCUGGAAGUUCUUCUGGGAGAUGGCAGAGGAGGAAGGCUGGAUCCGCGAGAAAGAGCAGAUCCUGUCCUCUGAUGAGGGCGGCAAGGACCUGACAGGGGCGCUGCGACUCCUCAGCCAGCACCGUGCUCUGGAGGACGAGAUGAGCGGCCGUGCCGGCCACCUGCAGCACACCAUCGCUGAGGGCGAGGCCAUGGCGAAGGCCGGCCAUUUUGGUGCCGCCAAGAUCCGGGAGCGCAUUGCUGACCUGCAGGCCCAGUGGGCGGCGCUGGAGCAGCUGGCAGCGGUGAGGAAGAGGAGGCUAGAGCAGGCGCUGGCGCUGCAUCAGUUCCAGGCGGACGCAGAUGACGCUGACGCCUGGACGCUCGACGCCCUGCGCAUCGUCUCCAGCGGAGAGACAGGCCACGAUGAGUUCUCUACCCAGGCACUGGUAAGGAAACACAAGGACGCGGCGGCAGAGGUGGCCAGCUACCGGCCCGUUAUCGACUCGCUGCAUGAGCAGGCGGCCUCCCUGCCCAAGGAGGAGGCGGAGUCAGACGAGGUGCGUGGCCGGCUGGCGGGUAUCGAGGAGCGCUACAAGGAGGUGGCGGAGCUGACGAGGCUGAGGAAGCAGGCGCUGCAGGACGCACUGGCGCUCUACAAGAUGUUCAGUGAGGCCAACGCCUGCGAGGUCUGGAUCGAUGAGAAGGAGCAGUGGCUGAACAGCAUGGAGAUUCCUGAGAAACUGGAAGACCUGGAGGUCGUACAGCACAGGUUUGAGAGUCUGGAGCCGGAGAUGAACAACCAGGCGUCCCGCGUUGCCGUGGUGAACCAGAUCGCCAGACAGCUGAUUCACAACGGCCACCCGAGUGAGAAGGACAUCAAGAGUCAGCAGGACAGACUCAACAACAGGUGGAGCCAGUUCCGUGACCUUGUCGACCAGAAGAAAGAGUCCCUGAACUCGGCACUGGGUGUCCAGAACUACCACCUCGAAUGCAAUGAGACCAAGUCAUGGAUCAAGGAGAAGACGAAGGUGAUUGAAUCCACGCAGGAGCUGGGCAACGACCUGACUGGCGUCAUGGCCCUGCAGCGCAAAUUGACCGGCAUGGAGCGUGACCUAGCCGCCAUCGAGGACAAGCUGGGUGAUCUGCGGAGCGAGGCCCAGCGUCUAGCCGAGGAGCACCCGGACCAGGCUAAGGCCAUCACAGGCCGCCUGGCUGAGAUCAACGCUGUGUGGGAGGAGAUGAAGAACACUCUGAAGAACCGCGAGGAGUCUCUGGGAGAGGCCAGCAAGCUGCAGCAGUUCCUGCGGGAGCUGGAUGAUUUCCAGUCCUGGUUGUCCCGAACACAGACCGCCAUUGCCUCUGAGGACAUGCCUAACACACUGGCCGAGGCCGAGAAGCUGCUGGCCCAGCAUGAGGGCAUCAAGAAUGAGAUCCGCAACUACGAGGAAGACUACCAGAAGAUGCGGGACAUGGGGGAAAUGGUGACACAGGGACAGACCGAUGCCCAAUACAUGUUCCUCAGACAGAGGCUUCAGGCGCUCGACACCGGCUGGAACGAACUACACAAGAUGUGGGAGAACCGGCAAAACCUACUGAGCCAGUCCCAUGCGUACCAGCUGUUCCUCCGAGACACCAAGCAGGCUGAGGCCUUCCUCAACAACCAGGAGUACGUCCUGGCUCACACCGAGAUGCCCACCACGCUGGAAGGCGCCGAGGCCGCCAUCAAGAAGCAGGAGGACUUCAUGACCACCAUGGACGCCAACGAGGACAAGAUCAACGGCGUGGUGGAGGCCGGCAGGCGGCUGGCCAGCGACGGAAACAUCAACGCCGAACGCAUCCAGGAGAGAGCCACCUCCAUCGACGACAGGCACAAGAAGAACAGGGAGGCAGCGGUGGAGCUGCUGAUGAGGCUGAAGGACAACAGAGACCUGCAGAAGUUCCUGCAGGACUGUCAGGAGCUGUCUCUGUGGAUCAAUGAGAAGAUGCUGACGGCUCAGGACAUGACGUACGACGAGGCGAGGAACCUGCACAGCAAGUGGCUGAAGCACCAGGCCUUCAUGGCCGAGCUGCAGUCCAACAAGGAGUGGCUGGACAAGAUCGAGAGGGACGGCAUGCUGCUGGUGGCGGAGAAGCCGGAGACGGAGGCGGUGGUGAAGGAGAAGCUGUCGGCGCUGCAGAAGAUGUGGGACGAGCUGGAGUCGACCACGCAGACCAAAGCUCAGUGUCUGUUCGACGCCAACAAGGCGGAGCUGUUCACGCAGAGCUGCGCCGACCUGGACAAGUGGCUGGCCGGCCUCGAGGGCCAGAUCCAGUCCGACGACUACGGCAAGGACCUGACCUCCGUCAGCAUCCUGCUGAAGAAGCAGCAGAUGCUGGAGAACCAGGUGGAGGUGCGGCAGCGGGAGGUGGUGGAGCUGCAGAGCCAGGUGCAGGCGCUCGGCCAGGAGGGGAAGGACACGGACGAGGUGGACGGCCGCCGCCAGGUGGUGGAGAGGAAGUUCCAGGAGCUGCUGGAGCCGCUGCGCCGGAGGAAGAACUUCCUGAUGGCGUCCAGAGAAAUCCACCAGUUCAACCGCGACGUGGAGGACGAGAUCCUCUGGGUGGAGGAGCGCAUGCCCGUCGCCACUUCAACCGACCACGGACACAACCUGCAGACCGUCCAGCUGCUCAUCAAGAAGAACCAGACCCUGCAGAAGGAGAUCCAGGGUCACCAGCCUCGUAUCGACGACGUCCUGGAGCGCAGUCAGAGCCUCCUGCAGGACGAGUCGCAGAGCGCCGGCGCCAUCCGGCAGCGGCUGGCCGACCUGCAGCGGCUGUGGCGGCUGCUGAUGGAGGAGACAGAGCGCCGCCACGCCCGCCUGGAGGAGGCGCACAACGCCCAGCAGUACUACUUUGACGCGGCCGAGGCCGAGGCCUGGAUGAGCGAGCAGGAGCUGUACAUGAUGUCAGAGGAGAAGGCCAAGGACGAGCAGAGCGCGGUGGCCAUGCUGAAGAAGCAUCAGAUCGUGGAGCAGGCGGUGGAGGAUUACGCCGAGACGGUCCAUCAGCUGUCCAAGACCAGCAGGGGCCUGGUGGCCGAGAACCACCCGGAGAGCGAGCGGAUCGGGAUGCGUCAGUCUCAGGUGGACAAGCUGUACGCCGGCCUGAAGGAUCUGUCCGAGGAGAGGCGGGGCAAACUGGACGAGAGGCUCCGCCUCUUCCAGCUGAACCGCGAGGUGGACGACCUGGAGCAGUGGGUCGCCGAGCGCGAGGUGGUGGCCGGCUCGCACGAGCUGGGCCAGGACUACGAGCACGUCACCAUGCUGCAGGAGCGUUUCCGGGAGUUCGCCCGCGACACCGGCAACAUCGGCCAGGAGCGCGUGGACGCCGUCAACCGUCUGGCGGACGAGCUGAUCAACGCCGGGCACGGCGACGCCGCCACGGUGGCCGAGUGGAAGGACGGGCUGAACGAGGCGUGGGCCGACCUGCUGGAGCUCAUCGACACCCGCACGCAGAUCCUCGCCGCCUCCUACGAGCUGCACAAGUUCUACCACGACGCCAAGGAGAUCCUGGGACGCAUCGCGGACAAGCAGAAGAAGCUGCCGGAGGAGGUGGGCCGCGACCAGAACACCGUGGAGACGCUGCAGAGGAUGCACACCACCUUCGAGCACGACAUCCAGGCCCUGGGCACGCAGGUGCGGCAGCUGCAGGAGGACGCCGUGCGCCUGCAGUCGGCGUACGCCGGCGACAAGGCGGACGACAUCCAGCGGCGGGAGAGCGAGGUGCUGGAGGCCUGGAGGAGCCUAUUGGACGCCUGCGACGGGCGCAGGCUCCGCCUCCUCGACACCGGAGACAAGUUCCGCUUCUUCAGCCUGGUGAGGGACCUGAUGCUGUGGAUGGAGGACGUGAUCCGGCUCAUCGAGGCCCAGGAGAAGCCCAGGGACGUGUCCUCGGUGGAGCUGCUCAUGAACAACCAUCAGGGCAUCAAGGCGGAGAUCGAUGCCCGAAACGACAGCUUCACCUCCUGCAUCGAGCUGGGCAAGGCUCUGCUGGCCAGGAAGCACUACGCCUCCGAGGAGAUUAAAGAGAAGCUGCUGCAGCUGACAGACAAGAGGAAAGAGAUGAUUGACAAGUGGGAGGACCGCUGGGAGUGGCUGAGACUCAUCCUGGAGGUGCACCAGUUCUCCCGGGACGCGGGCGUGGCCGAGGCGUGGCUCUUGGGCCAGGAGCCGUACCUGUCCAGCAGGGAGAUGGGGCAGAGCGUGGACGAGGUGGAGAAGCUCAUCAAACGACACGAGGCCUUCGAGAAGUCCGCCGCCACCUGGGAGGAGCGCUUCUCUGCGCUGGAGAGGCUGACCACGCUGGAGCUGCUGGAGGUGAGGAGGCAGCAGGAGGAGGAGGAGAGGAGGAGGAAGCCUCCGUCUCCAGAGCCGGUGGCUGUUCAGGAGGAGGAGCUACAGAGGGAGGCCGUCGUGCAGAAUGGACUUCCGUCAGAUCAGGACUCUCCUCGGGACGGCGUGGACGGCGGCGAGCUGGUGAACGGCGUGGCAGAGCGCAGCUCCAAGGAGCCGAGCCCCGCCCCCUCGCCGGGCUCCGGCCGGAGGACCAAGGUCAGCCAGGCGUCCACGCUGCCCUCCAAGAACCAGGAGACGUCGGGCUCGUCGCAGCUGGAGGGCUCGCUGCACCGCAAGCACGAGUGGGAGGGGCACAACAAGAAGGCGUCCAGCAGGUCGUGGCACAACGUCUACUGCGUGAUCAACAACCAGGAGAUGGGCUUCUACAAGGACAGCAAGGCGGCGGGACAGGGCGUCCCCUACCACAACGAGCUGCCCAUCAGCCUGAAGGACGCCGUGUGCGACGUGGCGUCCGACUACAAGAAGAGGAAGCACGUCUUCAAACUCAGAGUCACCGACGGAAACGAGUAUCUCUUCCAAGCCAAAGAUGAAGAGGAGAUGAGCACCUGGAUCCAGGCCAUCCUGAACGCCGGCUCGUCCGAGUCGCAGGGCAGCAACCCGAGCACGCCGGCCUCCAGCCGGGCGCAGACGCUGCCAGCCGCCGUGACGCUCACCGCCGAGUCGAGCCCCGGCAAGAGGGAGAAGGACAAGGAGAAGGACAAGGAGAAGCGCUUCAGCCUGUUCAGCAAGAAGAAGCAGUAGAGGAGCGCCGCUCGCUUUGGUGAAGCGUUUGAAACCGUCGGUGAAAAAAAAAAAAAAACCCUCAGCUGCACGAAUCCAGACACGCUCCCUCGCUACGUUUCAUAUUUAGCCUCAGAUUCAUGACUCGCCCUCCUCCCUCGCCUCGCCGCAGGAAAACUCUGGCAAAUCUGCCUUGCAGCCGUCGCCAUGGUUACGUCACGGCCCGUGAUUGCGGCAGUUCGACAGAAAAGCCGCAUAAACAGCAUCCGCCAUUUUGUUGAAAUAUUUGUUCUGUUACAGAGUUGCAAACAUGGCGUGGGUUCACGGGCAGUCGCACACAGCUAGCAGCUCCGCUUUUAAAAUUACAAGCUCUUAUUUCAUUGGCCGAGCAGCAUACUGACUGCUGAUUGGUCAACUGGGUGAGUGAAUUCGAGGUGGCACCGCGCUCCGCCCACACGGCUCGCCCCGCAGUCCGGCCUUUUUCUUUUUUUCUUUUUGAAAACACAACUUCUGUCCGUUUGGACCGUCUGUCCACAUGAAAACGCCGUUUUUGGUCAAACAAAAAUGCAACAUCUGGAGAGACGUAGGCACAUCUGUGAGUCGGGACGGUUUGGAAAAGGCUCCAUGUGGAUGGAGGGGUUGUUUUUGUUUUGUUUUGUUUUUGAAAACGGAUAAAAAAGUUGUGUUUUCAAAAAAAUCGACAUCCAUGUGAACAUCUCAAGAGACAAAAUAAUGUCAUUUUCUAAUGUGCUUGCGGAUCAGCGGCUCAGAGAACACGGACUUGGUGGAAAAGCGAGUCCAGAACGCAGAGAAACAAACGUUUAAAGGGCGGCAGCAGACAGAAAAGCAGGAAGUGACAUCACUGCUGCUGGACAGGGAGCGGGCGGCGGCGGCUGAGGAACUUCCUGUGAGAACGUUUGAAAGGCUUCACCAAAGCGAGGCGCGGCGCUCGGGCCUGCUGUUCAGUCUCAGUGCAGUAUUUUUUUUAUUUUUUCAAGUUCAAAUGUGUUUGGUUUGGUUUGGUUUGGUUCUGUUUGGGCCUCGGUGAGCCGGCGUCGCUCCGACCACGCCGGGCCUGACGCUCCGGGUCCAGCAGACUUCAGCCGGACGGAGAAAAAAAAAAAAACAACAACAACAACGUCAAAAUGAAGCUAACGGCGGCGUCGGUGUCGCUCCGUCUCGUCGGCGUCUGAUGAUGUCAGCAGGGACCACGCACUCCUUCUUUUCAGCGUCUCUUUUUUUUAUCUGUUUGUUUUUGUUUGUCUUUUUACAUUUUUAUGUUUGACGUUCAGCCAAAAUCAGCUCUGAGUUUUUGAAUUCCUCCUCAGUUUUUUGUGCAGGCGUCUGACCGGACGGCCCGUCGCCACAAAUCGGACCAACUGUGCGUUUUAUUUUGGCGUCUGCACUCAGCAGCCACUUCCUGUUUGGUUGACUGUAAACAACCAAUCGUGUCGGAGGGAGGGGACAAAAUAUAAACCGCCACGUUCCCGCCUGCAUGCUCCGCCGGGCACAAACAAAGCCCAGAAAUUCACAAAAUAUGAAGGAUGUGUUUGUUUGUUUUUUUUUUUAUCAUAAUGAUUUUUAUUAUUAUUGUUUCCCAGUGUUAAGAUGGACCAGAGUUUAUUUUGACUUUUUUUUUGUUUUUGCAUUUGUUGUUUCUUUCUGAGUUUCACUAUAAUAUAUGUUUGGAAUAAUUCUAGUACAGAUUAUAAAAUCAAUAUGUAUAAUAAACACUUCAAAGCAUCGAUGUUAAAUGGUAAAAAGCAUUUACUGCGAAAAAAAGAGAAAAAAGUACAAAAAAAAAAAAAAGGAGUAUCCUGGAAAACCCGGUCGCUUGCUUGUCGCCUGUUGCACCGCCUCGCGCUGAGAUUUUUUUGCUCUUUGAUACAUGGUGUGAUCUGUCGCCUCCUACUGGACCUGAAGCCUCUCUGCACAAUCAGACUUACCCAACUAGGAAUGAACAAACUCUGCCAUGUCGGCAUCUUUCGGGGCCACAAAUAUAUUCAGAAGUUAGAGCAGCUUCCUAUGUAUGACCUGCACCUGUAGACUCUGUCUCUCUCUCUCUCUGUCUCUCUCUCUCUGUCUCUCUCUCUCUCUGUUAAAUAUGUGCGAUGUCAUUAAAGGCUUUUAAACUUUAAA